GUCCCGAGAGCCGACCGGCCAACGAAGCGAAGCACGCGCUUUCUGUGUACACAAUUUGAUUUUGUUUGUAUUGAUACAGCGCAGCCCAGAGAGAAUUCGUACACAACGCCGCGACUCGUGGGUGGACCUACGGUGGACCUCUUGAGCGGCCAGGAAGCGGCAAGUACCAAAGACAACCGCCGAUGUCAACAUGGGGACCAAAACCAUGCAUUGCACUUUAGAAGGACCGGCCAAUGCGUUAGCCAUAAAUCGUGACGCCACGCAAGUUGCUGUUGCAGGCAGAAACGUCUUCAAAGUCUUCAGUUUAGAAAAUGACGAGUUUGUGGAACGGAUGAACCUACGCGUCGGAAAGAAUCUCAACCUGAAUUUUAGUUGCAGUGAUGUUGUUUGGAACGUCGUUGAAGAUCACAUUCUGGCCACAGCAGCGACAAACGGGGCUGUCGUCACAUGGAACUUAAAUAAAAGCACACGGUCAAAGCAAGACAUUGUGUUUCAAGACCACAAGAGGACAGUCAACAAAGUCUGUUUUCAUCCUUCAGAAGCUCACAUUCUUUUGAGCGGAUCUCAGGAUGGAACCAUGAAAUGUUUCGAUAUUCGGAAGCGUGAAGCUGCUAGCACCUUCCUCAGCUCGUCGGAGAGCGUGCGGGACGUCCAGUUCUGCCCCCACCACCACUUUGUCUUUGUGGCUGUCCAAGAAAAUGGCAACGUCCAGCUUUGGGACCUGCGGCGCGCCGACAAGUGCGAGCGGCAGUUCACGGCUCACAGCGGACCCGUGUUCACCUGCGACUGGCACCCCGACGACAGGCGUCUCCUUGCCACGGGCGGUAGGGACAAGGCCAUCAAGAUUUGGGACAUCAGCUCCAAGCCGACGCUGUCACAGUGCAUCCAGACGAUAGCCUCGGUGGCACACAUCAAGUGGCGGCCCCAGCGGAAGUACCACAUUGCCAACAGCUCCUUGGUGGUGGACUGCUCCAUCAACAUUUGGGACACCCGGAGACCUUACGUGCCCUUCGCUGCCUUCACCGAACACAAGGACGUGGCCACAGGGUUCGCCUGGCGCAACGACCCCCGCGUGCUCCUCUCGACGAGCAAGGACAGCACGCUGUUCCAGUACCUGGUGCAAGAUGCCGUGCGGCCGGCCAACCACGCCAAUGCCCUCUCGGUGGCGCACGUGCUCAACGCAAGCGGCGACGUGGCUUUUGCGUCUAGCGAUCGCUUCUUUGGCGGGGAGCAGGCGUCCUCUACCAGGGGUCGCCCCGUCCACCCGCCAUCGGCCCGGUUUCCGGCUGUCUUCAAGAAGGCCCCCAGCAUGAGUGACCAAUUCUGCCAGGCAGCGAGCAGUCUCGUCAUCUUCAGCAACACCACGAUCGAGUCUUUGCUGGUGAACUGGUUUCAAGAGAGCGCCCUCAAGUACCAGUUGACCGGACGGCCAUUGCCCGACCUGUGCGAGUCCAACGCUGCGGUGGCGGCCGACCUUGGUCGCCACGACGUUGCCCUUGCCUGGAGAGCCGUCAAGACCCUAUACGGCUCGGCACAGGCUGGAGGAAUGGCCGACUUCCUCGGACUGGCAAGCCUGGACGCAGUCGUUCGAGUCGACGCCGACCGCAGCUCGCAGGAGGGCAGCAACUUCCACACCAGCCGCCACAACAGCGGCAACACCCGCAACCGGAACCACAGCGGGAGCAAGAAACUCCAGGCAGUUGCGGCGCGCCACCUGAGCGGGGGCGCGCUAGACAGGGCCCCCACGACCCCGCACGACCCGGCCACGAUCCACACCACAACGGGGGACGACUCGGCGUCCAGCGGCAUGGAGGACGACUUGACGCUGACCUACAUCGCCAGCGGAAUGGUCAACGUCCCCGGAGACUUCUUCAGCGAGGACGGCGACACAGGAGGCCAGUCCCUGACCUACAACCUCCAGAUGUCUGCUGGCAGUGGAGGGGAGAACCACCAGGACUGGCAGCUGCCCAACGAAGCGUUUGAACCCCGCCACGCGAUCCGGGACUCCCCGCCCGUGACCGACCUGGGGGGACACCCACAGAGUUCCCCUCCCAGCGGGGACGAAGAGGACGUGCAGGACGCUAGCGCCCUCUGCGGGGACAUGGACGACCAGAGCAAGGUGCUCACGGUGUCCAGGCCGCUCUCUCUGCCUCCUUGGAACCCCAGCGGGAUCGUGGCCAGCCUGUUGUCGCACUACGUCGACCAGGGAGAUGUACAAAUGGCAGUGUCCAUCAUGAUAGCUCUAGGAGACAAGAUCAAGGGCUGUGUGGACGAGUCCACUCAGGAGGCCUGGUUUCUCUCGUACAUUGAUCUGCUGAGCCGCUUCGAGAUGUGGAAUGUGAUUGCCAGGGUCAUCGCCCUGAGCAGUGUCCCCUCGGUGUCGACUCUCAACCAACAAUCCACGGUGGUGCACACGCUCUGCAGCGGAUGCAGCAAGCCGUUGGCUCGCUCCGGCUGGUUCUGCGACCGGUGUAAAGCGGUUGCCAGCCCGUGUGCCGUCUGCCACGAGGUGGUCCGGGGGCUGUUUGUCUGGUGCCAGGGCUGCGCUCACGGAGGCCACCUGCAGCACAUGACUGCCUGGUUCCGCGAGCAGCGGCUUUGUCCCACGGGCUGCGGACAUCCAUGCGAGUACACCUAGCGGCACCGGUGCUCGCGCAAGAGAGUUCGGUGCAACAGCCCCACGGUCGACGGCCGCUCCCGCGAGCUGCGUCUGAGACGAAGCUCCGGCGGUGACACCGGCAGAACGAGGCGAGGACGGUGCCCCCGUUCAUAGACCAGUGACGUUGGCCUCCGGUCGCUGGCAGUAGGGCAUGUCUGCACCAUGACUGCAGGUGAUGCCGUUGUGGAUGUCGACAAACGCCACGACGGUGCCGCAGACGGCAACGGCGGCCCCGCACACGGCCAGCAUGAGCGCCGGGAACUUAGACCACGAGAGGAGGGGUCCGUUUUCCAACUUGAGGUACGUGGCAGCGGGCAGGAUGUAGGCGAGGGGGAUCGCUGCCAACACGCCCUUUUGCGAGAAGGAAAGAGAACAGAAGCUGUAGGUUGGUGUCGGGCGAUGGGGUUGCAUCAAGGCUGGUUCGCGUAUUUGCGUUUAACCGCGACAGAGUGUGCCAUGAUCUCUUGCGACGAGCGACCACCUUGGUGCCCUCUAUCCCAGGGUUUCAGGAAGCCCUGGAACACAAUCUGCGUUUAUUUGCUAAUGUUUCAUGCAUCAUUCUUUCAGCGUGGGUUUCAAAUGCUUUUCAAAAAUUUUAUAAGCAAGCGUUUCGCAUAGAUAGUGCAUAGAUUUGAUAUCGCAAGUACAGGAACCCUUCAGUCUAGUUGUACACAAUGGUGUGUUCCUGGGCUACCCAAUAGGUGGCACCAGUGUAUGAAGCGGUUACAAGGGAUUGUAAUGCGGCGUACAAGUUUGUUCGCUUGUUUAGCGGGGGGUUGUGUUGACGUAAGAAUGCCAAACUCUGAUUGGCUCUGAUUGAAGGAUAGUGGGUAGACCUCAAAGCGAGCUGCCUUGAGGUCUACCCACUAUCCUUUAAUAGGACCCAAUCAAACCUCGGCAUUUUGACGUCAACACAACCCCUUCGGAAGAAGCAGACGAACUUGCACUCAGCAUGCACUCGAACACGCUGAAACGCAAAUGUGUGAAACAGCCUUUAGGAUGCUGCGCCAACUCCAUAUAACGGUGCUUCGUUGAAGAGCCUUAUUAGAGGUCGUUGUGUACCAGGUGUGAUGUACCAUAUGUGGCUGGCUGGUACCAACGUUUUCUUUUAGGUUUAAAAUUCAGAAAGUAGACUAGACUAUUUAUACUGCAGUGUGAAAGAAAUUAGUGUCUCAGUGUCUGCUGUGAUGAUGGAUGAAACAUUUGUUUGUGCGAGAUGCAAUGUAUGAAGCUUCCUUUUGUUGGAAUGUAAAAUAUGUAGUAUAUUAAGUAGUUUGCACGUGCUGGUCGAUGUCGAAGAUGUGAAUGUAAAGCGUUGCAAGCGCGCCUGUACAUUGUGACGUCCCAUCGAGUUUGUACAUACUAUAAUAAAAUGUGAGCUUUGUGCUUGAAAGCCGACCAA